AUGCAACAUACUCUGAUUCCACAUACUCUGAUUCCAAGUACAACCAAGAUCAUAACACGUAACACUAAAACCAAGUUUCUUAACGAACCGCCGGAAAGAGCAGGAUAUUGUGGCAAUAAAACGGACACGACUGGAUUAUCGGAUAAGAUCGAUAUACAUUUCAUUAGCAACACGGAUGAUUGCUUAACAAGUUAA